UUAACGAUCAUGACUCAUUCACUUACUCUUGAAGAAGCUGUUUCUUCACACCAAAUCCAGCAAGCCAGAUAGCUGUCACACAGGUGCCUCCUACUUAGGGCUAGCCCUCCUCCCACCACACAGUAGACAAAACACAACAGCGCUAGAAGAGGUUCUUAUACAGUCCUCUGCAAGUACGCUCAUGCCAUCUGUUUGGAUUUCACUCUGCAGUGAAGAAACAUGACCAGGAUGAGAAGCUGUGUUAUUUUUAUGUGCAUACUGUCAGCCCUGUCAGUAACUAAGGUCCUGUGUAAGCACAAAAAAAGAGAAGGAUUUUCUACUUUUUUUUCCUCCUCUGGAGUUUCAGAUGAGCUCUGUCUCAAUGGAGGAACCUCUACACCUUCACUGAUCACUGGUAAACACAUGUUUUGCCUUUGUCCUGGCGGAUUCAGUGGGACACACUGUGAAACAGUGAACAGGGAGAGAUGCUUUGAGGGUGUUGGAUUGUACUACAGAGGCACAGUGUCUAAAUCGAUCAGUGGAAAAACAUGUGAGAGGUGGGAUUCAGACACCCGAAUGCGUUACCUGUCUUCAGACCUCCACUCAGGAAGGCACAACUACUGCAGAAACCUUUACUACAGACUGCGCCCAUGGUGUUAUGUUUGGAAAGACCAGCAGCUGGUGUGGGAAUACUGUGAUAUUCCUCACUGCGGCUUUGUGUCCUUUCCAGCUGCGCCUUCACCUGCACCUACCGAACCCCAAACAGAGCUGACAUGUGGCCAGCGCACCAGAAGAGAGCAGAUGAAGAUUGUGGGGGGAACGGUCGCCACUGUGGAAUACCACCCGUGGGUUGCUGCCAUAUUCUGGCGUGGCAAAUCCAUGGAUAAGGUUUUCCGCUGUGGGGGCAGUCUGAUUUCCCCCUGCUGGAUCCUCACAGCCGCCCACUGCUUCCCUUCCGGGUCUCAGAGCAAACCGCGGCGCUUCUCAGUCACCCUGGGAAAAAAUGCUCUGAAUGACAGCAAACCAUCUGUGGAGCAAACAUUCAGGGUGGAAACAAUCUUCAUCCAUGAGGGCUUUGACAACAGCGAAGGAAACUUCAACAAUGACAUUGCCCUGUUGAAACUGAAGGCCAGAAAAGGGAAAUGUGCUGAGGAGAGCAGCUCAGUGAAGACGGUGUGCCUACCGCCACCUCAGCAAAACCUCCCCCCGGGAUUCACUUGUGAGAUUGCUGGCUAUGGGAAAGAGAAACACGGUUUGUGGUAUAAGUCUCAAUACCUCAGAGAGGCUCAGGUGAACCUCCUCGCUGAUGAAGUGUGUCGACAGGAGGAUCAUUAUGGAAAUAUGAUCACUGAAAACAUGUUCUGUGCUGGUCAUCCAGACUGGAGCCAAGAUGCUUGUGAGGGUGACUCAGGAGGUCCACUGGUAUGCGAGGUGAGCGAAAGGCUCUUCCUGUUUGGCGUCAUCAGCUGGGGAGACGGCUGUGCAAGGGAAUUGCGCCCUGGUGUUUACACCAGAGUUACAAACUACAACAAAUGGAUAGAGGAGAAGACAAAUCUGUCCUCCAUCACUGCUGGAGCCAUGUUUCCUCAGAAAUGAUUCUAAGCUGAGAGAAUUAACUUUUAACUGAUAAACACACUGUCAAAACAAAAAAACAAAAAAAACAAAAGGCUAACAGCUGAGAGUAAACCCUGGAAUGCUGCAAAGACUUUCAUCUUCUAUAUAUGGUUGAGAUGCACAACCCUAAAACUAUGAAGAUGACUUAAAAAUGACUAUUUGAUAAACAAUCUCUUUGAGUUAAUCACCAUAGAUUGCCUGAAAGAUGAUCAAAUGUUUUCCACCCAUUCACUUAGAAAUAUGUUCCCCACAACUGUGUGGGGAACAUAUUUAAUAAGAAAACACCUGGAUCCACGUGUAUGUGUGUGAUGUCUGAGCAAGGAUCUGACUUGGAGGGUUCUUACCUUCUCUGCUGCUUGCACCCUGCACAAGGUUGUUGCUGGGUGUACUAGUUGGAUGUCAGAUAUUUGUCUUGCUUUGUAUACAGUACAGACCAAAAGUUUGGACACACCUUCUCAUUCAAACAAAUGGGGAAGUGUGUCCAAACUUUUGCUCUGUACUGUAUACUGACUGUAUGUUUCCUCUUACGUGUUCCUGUGUGCCACCGUCCUGUCCCGGCUUUCUUGUACUUGUAAACAUGUUUUAUUUCCUCCCGAGAAGGUUCAUGGUUCAUCAUGAACUCAAAGUGGGUUUUCUUUUUGGCCGGAGCGCUGAUGAUUGGAGCUGGUUGAAAUAGGUUAUACCUGCGGUUUUUGAACCUUCACCUCUCCGUACCACCCCCUAGUGGUACAUACAGACCACUAUUCUGUGUGUUUUCCAUGCAUGUGAUUCAGUAUGUUAUUUUGUCCAUACAUACAUAUUUUAUCAUUCCUAUCACUUUUUUAAAAAUAGAAGUAUAAACCUUGCGUAUUAAAUG